CCAGAGCAGGCAUCCCAGUCUGGUGUUGAGAGAGCCAUGACGGUGCUGCGGGGGCUCUGGCCCGAGAUGCAGGACACCUGUACCUCGCUGGGGCUGAUGCUGUCGAUGGUGCUGUUCAUGGGGCUGGCCCGCGUGGUCACCCGGCAGCAGCUGAACAGGCCCAGUGCCCACGCCUUCCUCUUGGAGUUUCUGGCCACGUUCCAGCUCUGCUUCUGCACCCAUGAGCUGCAACUGCUGAGCGAGCAGGAACCCCUGCACCCCACCUGGCCGCUGACGCUAACCUACUUCUUCUCGUUGGUGCAUGGCCUGACUCUGGUGGGCACCUCCAGCAACCCGUGCGGCGUGAUGAUGCAGAUGAUGCUGGGGGGAAUGUCCACUGAGACGGGUGCGAUGAGGCUGUUAGCUCAGCUGAUUGGUGCCCUGUGCAGCAGGUACUGCAUGGGCGCCCUGUGGAGCCUGGGACUGACCAAGUAUCACGUCAGCGAGAGGAGCUUCGCUUGCAGGAAUCCCAUCCAAGUGGACUUGCCCAAAGCGGUCAUCAUAGAGGCCGUUUCCUCCUUUAUCUUCCACAGCGCUUUGCUGCACUUCCAGGAGGUCCGAACCAAGCUUCGUAUCCACCUGCUGUCAGCACUCAUCACCUUUUUGGUCUAUGCAGGAGGAAGUCUAACAGGAGCUGUAUUUAAUCCAGCUUUGGCACUUUCACUACAUUUCAAGUGUUUUGAUGAAGCAUUCCUUCAGUUUUUUAUAGUAUAUUGGCUGGCUCCUUCUUUAGGUAUAUUGCUGAUGAUUUUGAUGUUCAGUGUUUUCCUUCCAUGGCUGUAUAACAACCAUACAAUUAAUAAAAGGGAGUAACUAUUCUAAAAGACUCAGACUAAGUUUCAGGACAGUCAAGAUGGAUGUGAUAAAGAUUUUAUCAUCUAAUAUUCACACACUGGCUGCACUGGAUUCGUCAAUGUUAUCUUCCUUUGAAGAAACUGCCUUAAGAGUUUUCAUCACUGGGACUUAAAAAAAUUACUGUGAAAAUGAGGUAUCCUGUGUUUUUCAGUUAAGACUUGUUCUUUUAAGCAUAUAUUAAAUGCUGCUAGAAGAGAUUCUUUAAACAUAAAUCUUAAGUGAUAA